GCCGAGGUGCAGAAGUUGACCGGCAACGUGCAGUAUGGCAAGAUGGUGCAGAAUCAGGAGAGGUUCCGGAACACCAUGGUCUACACGGAUCCGGUGAAGUUCCAGAAGAAGGCUGCUGGUCCCGCUAUGCUGGACGUGCACCCGCAGAUUACCGAAGACCGCGCCUUCCUCGCCUUCCUGGACGUGGCUAGAACUGGCCGCAGCGCUGUCUUGAAGUCUUUCCUUCAGGGAGGCUGGAAGGUUCUGGAAGAGUCCCGGCUGCUCAUGAUGAAGGCGCACUACAAGGCGCGUCGCGUCUUCGACGGUCAUCUCAUGAAGAGCGUGACUUUGGCGGAUAGCAACUUGCUGGGCGGCUCUCCCUUCUUCGACGUGGCUGGCGAUGCUAAAGGAUCCGAUCUGGCACGGCAUCUGGCGCCGCUGAAGCAGGCUAGCCGAGACCUGGCCUUGCGCGAAGCUGGCGCUCUAGGCAACUUUUCGGACGAGCUGGCUCCUCACUAUGGCGACGAGUGGGUCGGCUUGGCUCCCAAGAUGUAUUCGCUGAAGAAGAGCUGCGAUGAGUCGAAGGAGCGAGCCAAGGGCGUGCCGAAGAAGGAGCGGAAGAAGCUCAACCACGAGAAGUUCAAGGAGAUCCUCGAGGUUGGUGGCGAGCACAGGGUCAGCUUCUGCCGCUUGGGCUCAACUGGUCACGUCAACACCGUGGUCAAUGUGGAGAAGCGUGGUCUCACGGCCUUGAAUUCGAAGGUUUGGCAGCUGAACUCUCGCCAGUCGAGACCCUUGGGCCAUUUCAAGAACAACGCCGUGUGGGCUGCUUGCUGGGAGGCUUUGCUGCGGUCUAGCUGCGGCUCCGAUUCUGGCGCCUUUCACCUCAUGAACCACGUGCUGUCCUUCCUCAGCGGCGAGCAAAACUUCCUGCACCGCGAGGUCUCCAACGGCAAGUUCAAGGGGCGGCUUUUCAACACUAGCUACCUCAAGGCUUGA